AUGGCUUCUCUGGAUGGUAAAGUGGUUGCCUUGACGGGCGGUGCCAGUGGCAUUGGUCUGGAGACUGCUAAGCUCCUUGCGGAGCGUGGGGCAGUUUUGUCCAUCGCAGACGUCAAUCAGCAGGGUCUGGACGAUGCUCUCAAGGCUCUCAAGGGAGAGAAACAUAUCGCCACUGUCGUCGACGUGCGCGACGGCGUCCAAGUUGAGAACUGGAUUGAGAAAACAAGGCAGCAAUUCGGCAGAUUGGACAGCGGAGUAAACCUUGCUGGUGUGGCGCGGAUGCAGGCGCCCAUCACACAAGGGACCGACGACGACUGGGACUUCAUGAUGGGCGUCAACGGCAAAGGCGUCUUUCACUGCAUGAGAGAGCAGUUGAAGCAUAUGACAAGUGGAGGAAGUAUCGUCAAUGCUGCAAGCAUCCAGGGAAUGAUAGGUUGCGCAAACACGUCCAUCUAUGCGGCCUCCAAGGCCGUGGUCAUCAGUAUGACAAAAUCGGUGGCCAGAGAAGUAGGUCCACGCAAUAUCAGAGUCAACUGCAUUGCUCCAGGCGUCGUCAAGACCCCUUUACUGGACCCAUUCGAAAAAGGUGGUCAAAAGGUCCCUACUACUAUGCAGUGCUUUGACAGACAGGCUCAUCCCAUAGAGAUCGCCCGAGUCAUUGCUUUCCUCGUGAGCGAUGAGGCAUCCUAUGUCACUGGCAGCAACUACCCAGUAGAUGGCGGCACGACGGCCUGA